UGAACGUGGCGCUACUUCCGCUAUCCAGCCGCUCACACUGCAAGCGAUGACAACCAGCGAUGAGAUGGGUGCCUUCUGCCACGACCACAUCCAACAUCCGUUGAUGUGGUGUGAUGAGAAGAAGCGGCUGGUCGAGCGCAAAAAUGCCGAGGAGAGUUUACGGAUGUGGCGACGACGCAAAGCUGAGGAAUGCGCCCGCAAGGAAAAGGAUAAACAGGAGUACUACGAUUUGUUUCUGCAGCACUGCCCCUGGGGCAGGCCAGGUGGGGGCGCUCCAAAUGUGGAGGUGCGACGAAAGGAUAUUACCGCAGUCGGACUGCACUCAACGCCAACUGUUACUACCGCCCAUCGCAUCAAUUCACUGCAGCCUUGUCGCUACAAUGACUAUUUCUCAAUGCAGAAAACUUGCCAUAAAAAUCCACUGGCCGCCUAUCACCACCAUCAUCAUCAUCAUCCGCCUCCCCCCGGUGGUCGUCUGGCACACGCCCAUUCGAUACAUCAUCUGCAGGAGAGUGGACCACGGAGCAGCACCGUGACUAUCUGUGAGCGAGAGCAUCCGCUUAAGGGUGGCGUCAGUCUGGCUCAGAAUGCUCCGAAUGGGCACGUGGACAUUGAGUUGCGCUACAAGCCCUCUCCGCCGUGCAAGGGCAAAGCAAUGCUGGAUAAGAUUGUUGUCAACAGUGAGACCGAACACCGUCUGCAGGAGAAAUUUGCCUGCCAGAAGAAGAAACUGCAGAGCAAGUUGGAAAAGCCGCUCUUCAAAGAACCCUGGGGCAAGGCCGGUCCCGGUGGCAAGCCCUGGCGCAGUCCCAAAGAAGUAGGCAACACUUUUAUGAAAUCUCUGGGCUGGACAAAUAAGGAAAUGCUGAAGGAGUUGGACCAGGACAAUCCCGUGACUCCCGCUGAAAAAAACACAUUUCGCAAAUCGAAAGGUAGUAAGCCAUCCAAGCUGCAGCGCUGUUGCGAGCGUUGCACCUGCACUUGCCCCGCCAUGAACAGCUCCAGUCCAACGAAGACGUCCCGAAAGAUUGCCGCAGUAGUGCCACCUCCACCCCCACACCCGCACCAACAACCAUGUGGCAAACGAUCGCCGCCCAAAGAAUGCAAGCCCAUUAAGCUCUGUCCGCGCCUGCUACGUGGCCACUGUAUGGCCAGCACCAACAACAGCAACAGCACUGGUGUCGAUGGUACCCCGGAUGCUGUAAUCGAGAAUGGAGUAGGCGGUGGUGUUGAGCUGGUGCCAUUGUUGGCACGUAGGCGCGGCCUGCAUCGCCCAAUCAGCCUGUCCAGCACGGAUGUGACAAAGAGGACGCCCUCGCAUGAUAGGAUACAAACAGCCGCCGAUAUGCGCUACCUGCACGAUUUGAACGUGCAAAUAUCACAGAAACGGCGCUCGGUCAGUGUCUCGAGGCAGAUGGAGCGAGACUUGUGUAAUCAACAUUUCGACACAUUCGAAACAUUCUGGGGACGGCCCGGACACGGCGCACCCUCUGGCGAUAAGAUAAACAAAUUAAAAUUGGAUAAUUUGCUUUACGGUGACCCUGAGACAUCGUAAGCUGUACGGGUCCAAGUCCAGUUCCUGCUACAGAUACUCGAUUCGCA